AUGAUUUCUUACUUCUCAUGUCUCUUUCUCGUUGUUUCCGGAUCACGUAAAGAUGACAUCCAGUUGGGUCUGAUGAUCUCGAAGUCGCUCAUGGCAUCUGUCCCGAAUGAUCGACCCCCGAUGAGCUUUCAAAUGGGGCUCAAGAGGCGAGGAAGGGCUUUUUCUCGACAAGAUACUGAUCAACUUUGCUACUUGAACAAAAUCAAGCAUGAUAUGGACACUGUCGUCGAUGAUUUCAUCUGCGGGAACGAUUUGACACGACGAUACCUAGUCGAUAAUGUUUGCGGACGAGGUCAAAAAGAAUGCUUCGAAUGCAACUCAAAAAACAUCAAAAUCGACGGCCCCGCUAUUGAAGCCGCCAACUGCAUUGCUCCAGUCAUCUCUCACUACGACCAUGCCACUAAGUCUCACAUCUGUUACGUCUCGUCAACGUCGUUUGGUGUUUGCGAGUUGUCUUCGGGACGAACAUGCGCCAAUAUCCUUUUUGCCUACAGUAACAACAGAAACCAAGCAGAAAAAAUGAUGAUGAAUUACGAGUGCUGCAAAGCGAAACUCUCCGACCCGGAAAAUCAGAUGAUCGACUGUAUCCCAAGAGCAUACAAUUCUCGAGAAUAUAGCCUUUGGAUUCAAAAACCAUCUGGUGCACUAACUACGAUCCGUUUUCCUGUUGCGAUGCCAAAACGAUGCUGCGCUGACAUCUAG